UGUCAAAUAUUGACGCAUGCGCAGUGGGGCUCCUCACACAGACACUUGUCGCGCUGUGGUCGUCCGCGUCGCCCCCUCGAGUCGCCAGCAACUGCGGCUUUCUUCAUCGACUCCAGCACCUCAGCCUCGCAGAUUCACAGCCCCAACACACCCCAUCCCAUCCCCUCCCACGACCCACCAGCCUCCUCAAGCCGUACAAGUCCACGGCGUCAUGCUGACGAGGAGGCCGGCGGCCGGGAGGCUGCGCGGGUAAUCGGCGGUGGUGGUUGCAGCCUGGUUUGCUUGCGAGAGAGCGAGGAGAGAAGUCGCCUUUGGGAGAGCCGCGUUGGAAGCUGCGCAUCCGGUGAGCGGUGGAACGAGAAGAAGCGACGAGAAGAAGCGACGAGAAGAAGCGAGAUGAACUCCUCUUUCAUGGAGGCAAACCGGUCCCUGGCCGUGGCGGCCACGGAGGCCGUGGCGACACUGGUGCCAUCGUCCGGGGGGAGCGCCGAGACAACCGUCACGUUGGCGCCCAUCGGCCCCACAAUUGCCCCCGACCAUGGCAACGUCACGCUGCCGCUCAUCUUCCUGCAGACGUCGGCCGCGCAGGCCAUCUCGGGCUUCUUCGCGUGGUGCGCGCUGCUCAUCACCUUCCACCAGAUCUACGUGCACCUGAAGCACUAUAGCUGCCCGAACGAGCAGCGGCACAUCGUGCGCAUUCUCUUCAUCGUGCCCAUCUACGCCUUCGACUCGUGGCUCAGCCUCCUGUUCUUCAGCAACGACCAGUUCUACAUCUACUUCGACUCCGUGCGGGACUGCUACGAGGCAUUUGUGAUUUACAACUUCCUGAGCCUGUGCUAUGAGUACCUCGGUGGGGAGAGCGCCAUCAUGUCCGAGAUCCGGGGCAAGCCAAUCGAGUCAAGCUGCAUAUACGGCACGUGCUGCCUGUGCGGUCACAACUACUCCAUUGGCUUCCUGCGCUUCUGCAAGCAGGCGACGCUUCAGUUCUGUGUGGUGAAGCCGCUCAUGGCCGUCGUGACGCUCAUCCUUCAGGCCUUCGGCAAAUACCGCGACGGCGACUUCGACGUGUCUAAUGGGUACCUGUACGUGACGAUCAUCUACAACGUGUCCGUGAGCCUGGCGCUCUACGCCCUCUUCCUCUUCUACUUCGCCACGCGCGAGUUGCUCAGCCCCUUCGAGCCCGUGCUCAAGUUCUUCACCGUCAAGUCGGUCAUCUUCCUCUCCUUCUGGCAGGGCAUGCUGCUGGCGAUCCUGGAGAAGUGCGGGGCGAUCCCCAUGAUCUACUCGCUGGACGGCAAGCUGGUGGCCGGCGUGGGCACUGUGGCGGCUGGAUACCAGAACUUCAUCAUCUGCAUUGAGAUGUUCUUUGCGGCAGUCGCGCUGCGCUACGCCUUCUCGCACUGGCCCUACCUCAACAAGCGCGUCGACACACUCGGCCGGAGCGCCCCGAUGAGCAUCUCGAGCAGCCUGAAGGAGACGAUGAACCCCAACGAUAUCGUGCAGGACGCCAUCCACAACUUCUCGCCCGCAUACCAGCAGUACACGCAGCAGUCGACGCUCGAGCGCAACGGCACCGGCCACGCGCACAGCCACACGUUCCACGCGCGCCAGCCGUCGGGCGGCGGGGGCGGUGGGGGGCACCCCUCGGCCCACGCGCACGACACCGAGAAGACGAUGCUGCUGAGCUCCGACGACGAGUUCUGAGCGGCGUCGUGGUGCGCGUCCGAGGCGGCACGACAAUGCCGUCGCCGUCGCCGCCGCCGCCGCUGCUGCCGCUUACGACGCCACUCCUGCUCUCGCCCCCCCCACCACCACCACCACCACCCACGUUUGCUUCUCCCCCCAUCGCCCACCGUCUUCCAACGCCGCCUCUGGUGGCGCGGUGAACUGAUGGCAGCGCUCCUUUCUGUGACCCUCCCCCCCCCUUCCCGCCGCCCUUCACCACGAACGCCAUUUGAGUAGUUGCUACCAAUUUUGAGGCGCGUUGUGGAGUGUUUGAGGGGAUGCCAACCGCUGGGCGGUGUGGGGGGGGGUGAGGGGGUUGAGAGGGGUUGUGGGGAGUGGCGGGAAACACCAGAAGCUGCUCACCAUUUACACAAUCGUGCUUUCUUGCGGUUCUCACUCUCUGGCAUUAAAUUCACUGUCGGGGGGAAAGACACGUAGACAUGUAAACAAGCUUAUUUCGUUGAGACGUUUUUUUUAUUUUAAUUGAGGGAGAGGAAUUAUUCCAUAUUCGUGCAUUCACAACCCAAUGAAGCCGGUUUUUGCGUGGGAAAACAACACGGAUGACGCGGAUUUUGCGCCGGCUUUCGGCCGGUGAAAUUUACGGGAAUUGUUAAUCAUCGUCGUGUUUGUUUUCUUUUUUAGUUUUUUUGGAAAAAUAAUUUACUGCAUGGAUGUCGGCUUACUAGGGGGGG